AUGGAGGAGGAGGGGGGCGGCGCUGCGGCCGCCGGGCAGGCUUUUCUGCUCUGGGCCUCUUUUGCCCCAUGCCGCUCACCUGUGAGUUGAGGCCCUAACUCCCUUCCCGCAGAAGGAACAGUCCCUUCUCUCUGAAGAUGAACUCCACAGACCACCUUCAGGACGCUCCCAACACCACCGUGCUCCACGUGCGUCACUCCCACGGGGGGAACAGCACCGCACUGCAGGGGGGCCUCCAGGACCUCAUCCACACCGCCACCUUGGUAACCUGCACUUUUCUACUCGCAGUCAUCUUCUGCCUGGGCUCUUACGGCAACUUCAUUGUCUUCUUGUCCUUCUUUGACCCAGCCUUCAGGAAAUUCAGAACCAACUUCGAUUUCAUGAUCCUGAACCUGUCCUUCUGUGACCUCUUCAUCUGCGGAGUGACAGCCCCCAUGUUCACCUUCGUGUUGUUCUUCAGCUCAGCCAGUAGCAUCCCAGAUGCAUUCUGCUUCACCUUCCACCUCACCAGUUCGGGCUUCAUCAUCAUGUCCCUCAAGACAGUGGCGGUGAUUGCCCUGCACCGGCUCCGCAUGGUGUUGGGGAAGCAGCCCAAUCGCACGGCUUCCUUUCCCUGCACUGUGCUCCUCACCCUGCUUCUCUGGGCCACCAGCUUCACUCUUGCCACCUUGGGCACCCUGAAAACCAGCAAGUCCCACCUCUGCCUUCCCAUGUCCAGUCUGAUGGCCGGAGAAGGGAAAGCCAUUUUGUCUCUGUAUGUGGUCGACUUCGCCUGUUGUGUCGCUGUGGUAUCUGUCUCUUACAUCAUGAUCGCUCAGACGCUGCGGAAAAAUGCCCAAGUCAGAAAGUGCCCCCCUGUGAUCACUGUGGACGCUUCUAGACCACAGCCUUUCAUGGGGGCCCCCGGAAAGGGGGGUGGGGAUCCCAUCCAGUGCACCAUGCCGGCUCUCUACAGGAACCAGAGUUACAACAAACUGCAGCACGUUCAGACCCACGGAUACACCAAGAGUCUUACCCAGAUGCCAGCCCCGGCGGGCAGCCGGCUCCAGCUGGUGUCCGCUGUCAAUCUCUCCACGGCUAAGGAUUCCAAAGCGGUGGUCACCUGUGUGAUUAUCGUGCUGUCGGUGCUGGUGUGCUGUCUUCCCCUGGGGAUUUCCUUGGUGCAGGGCGUCCUUUCCAGCAACGGGAGCUUCAUCCUUUACCAGUUCGAACUCUUUGGAUUUACCCUUAUAUUUUUCAAGUCGGGUUUAAACCCUUUUAUAUAUUCUCGGAACAGCUCAGGGCUGAGGAGGAAAGUGCUCUGGUGCCUCCAGUACAUGGGCCUGGCUUUUUUCUGCUGCAAACAGAAGACGCGACUUCGAGCCAUGGGAAAAGGGAACCUGGAAAUCAACAGAAACAAAUCCUCCCAUCAUGAAACCAACUCUGCCUACAUGUUGUCUCCAAAGCCCCAGAAGAAAUUCGUGGACCAGGCUUGUGGCCCAAGUCAUUCGAAGGAAAGUGUGGUCAGUCCCAAGAUCUCUGCUGGACACCAGCACUACGGUCAGAGCAGCUCCACCCCCAUCAACACCCGGAUUGAACCCUACUACAGCAUUUACAACAGCAGCCCCUCCCAGGAGGAGAGCAGCCCGUGCAACGUUCAGCCAGUAAACUCUUUUGGAUUUGCCAGUUCAUACAUUGCCAUGCACUAUCACACCACUAACGAUUUAAUGCAAGAAUAUGACAGCACGUCGGCCAGGCAGAUUCCAGUGCCCUCUGUGUAGGCUCGUGGAGGCUGGACACUCUUGUGGAAGGAAACUGUUUUUGUUUCUGAUACUAAUGGAUUUCUUUUUUUCCCACUUCUGUGAGACCCACGGUAGAUGGAAACUUCAAGAUUCCGUGGAACAGUUGGCAGUUCUGAUUUUCUCCUGACUGAAGCUUCAGCAUCUAUUGAUUUGCUUUGUGCUUUCUUGAAGUUUUAAGAUUUGAUGUGAAAAUUGAUUAUUUAGAUUUUUACCCUGACCUGCGCUCCGAUCUUUUGUACUAAACUUUCAAAUAGAUGCCAGGAAUGAUCAACGCCAGUGACUUGAAGGAGAGUGGACUGAUUACGAUCAUUUGAGUCAGUGUUCAGGGUCUUCGAAGUAUGCCUGAGUUGAAUUUUUUUAAACAAUGUGAAGGUAUGAUCUUCACUGAGGCGAAUUUUUUAUUAACUGAACUAUACAUUUUGAUUCUGUAAAGUGUUGCAAAGGGGAGCAAUACACUUUUUUGGUAGCAGGCUUAUUUGAAUAAAUAAUAGAUUGUCAAAGCAGAAAAUCAGAAAUAGAUUGUCUAUAAUGACCUUUACCCAAGGCACACAGGCAUUAAGUACGUUCCUUUCAUAAGACAGUCAACCAAGAAUACAGUAUUAUGAUUAUUACCAUUUCUUAUUAAAGACAUUAUUAUUUUGUGCGAGUUCACUAGCUAUAUAGCUUUUUAAAAAGAAAUUGGUUUUUGCUUGCUGAAAAUGACUUAUUCUCUUUCGGCAUGAUCUUACCCAAGAGCCCUUGGUGAAGAGGAUGGGACCUGUAGUGGAGGAAUGCAACUUCUGGGUGCAUGGGCAUUAACGGUGGUCACCUCAGUCAGGGUGUGUGUGGUGAGGUGUGAAGCAAUCCGGACUGCCCUUGCGUGUUAAGACGAUCAUUAUCAUUGCUUACAAAGCUCUGAGAACGACGUUGAGAGUAUUUCAAUUGAUGUGUUCCUUCUGUGUGAGGGUGGUUUGUUAACAACCUAACAAAGAGUAUCCAAGUAACUGUUCAGACCUCAUUGUUUUGUCUUUGUUUAUAUAUCACUCUGGUAGAAAAAUUCUUAAGACGAUCUGUUUUCAAACUGUGUUAUUUCUCUCCCAUUAAUCUUGGACAUGGACAGUAAAGGAAAGCUAGAUGAAGUAUUUCUCUACCUAAAACUAAUUUUAUUAUAAAUCAUAUAAAUUAUAAAUUUACUAAUUUUAUUACCCUGUCGUUCAUAGCAUAACAACUGUUCCUAUUUUUUGUGUAAAAACAUUUUCAUUAUAGAGUUAGCAUUUGAACUCGCUGCAGUUUUGGAACUACAGCUGCCAAACUCCAGGCGAACAUCAAGGUCCAAAACCUAACUUUAGAAAAUUGUUUUACUCAAGAACUGUUAUUGCAUGGGGCGUCUGGGUGGCUUAGUCGGUUGAGCGCCCAACUUUC